CAGGUGCUCCGCGCGAACAAAGAACGCCAAAGACUGUCCCGUCUCCAGAAGCGCGAGAUCGGUCUGGCGACGAUGCUCCUCUGCGUGGUGGCGGUCUUCUUCAUCUGCAACGUCCUUCCGCUGGUCAUCAACAUCAUCGAGACCUUCAACAUCCCUUUGACCUUCAACCUGGUCUACCUGAUCCACACCAGCAACCUGCUAGUCACCAUCAACUCCAGCGUGAACUUCAUCAUCUACGUGACGUUCGGAGAGAAGUUCCAAAGGCUUUUUUUAGUAUUAUUCUGCCACAACUCUCUGCUGGGGUUGGGCAGGGACUCUCCGGAAGCCACCACCAAUGAGGAGGUUACUUAUGUCUCGUUGGCCGAUAGGCAGAGCCUCAGGCGCAUGCGCCAAAGUCUCAUCCGCAACGGAACGGUGAACAGCCGGAACGGAUCGCUGGCCAGCAGUUGCAUGCUGACCACAACCGGAGGUUCCAGGAAUGGUUCCUUCAUUGGCGGGACCAGAAGUAGUGGAGACCUUCUCAGGGCAAGCAGUAGAAGUAGGACCUCUAGUCCGGGUCCUUGUGUCUACUAUCCUGCUCAAAGUGCCAUGAGGAAUGGAAAAGAACACCAUAACACAUUUCUGUGAACUGUUUUUAAGAACUAGGGGUCACAUAGGCGUCAUCUGAGCCAAAAGUAGAAGUCAGAUCACAAGUCUCGGUCUUGGUGUCUACUACCUAGCUGAAAGUGUCUACUAUCCGGCUCAAAAUGUCUAGAAACAGAAAAGACGGUACGAUUUCUGUGAACUGAUUUUUUAAGCUAGUGAAUAAACUAUAAAGUGAAAAUAUGUGAUGAAAUACUGAAUACUGAAAAGCACAUCAAGAAUGUUAUAACUUAUUAUCAUUUGAAGAACAACUUCUCCUUAAUGCUAUAUAUAUAUAUACAUAUAGUCAACGCCAAACAAAGUGGCGUGCACGUCAUCACGAUAAAAAUUCCCCGACCUAAUGCCUAGGUUUCUAUCACAAACAAUUGCUCUAUUGCAGUUUCAUAUUAAUGUGAUAUAUAAAUUGUAAAAUGGUCAUUACUCUCUUAUUAUGGUUAAUAGUCAUAUAAACAUUGUCAUUAAAAUAUCACAUAAGUUGCUUUCUGAUAAAUUUAGACGCAUUAUGCGAAAUAAAAUGUUUUGCAAACGCUCCAAUCACUUAUCGACAUGUAAACGCACUAAACCGAUUUCGCAGCGUUGACACAUUGUCACCUUGAAACUUAUUUAAACUGGGAACUGACAUUUGUAUUAAUUUUGACACUGAAUCAAUUUGUG